AUGCCCGGAGCUGCGGACGCCAAGGCGCUGGCCGCGGCCAUGCGGCAGACACUGAACCUGCCGGCCACGCGCUUCCCGAUGCGGGCCAACGCGGCCGCGCGCGAGCCGCAGCUGCACGCGCGCUGCGUGUCGGCGGCCUACGCGGAGCAGGCGGCGGACGAGUCGCGGCCGCUCUUCGUGCUGCACGACGGCCCGCCCUUCGCCAACGGCAGCCUGCACAUGGGCCACUUCCUGAACAAGACGCUCAAGGACGUGAUCAACCGCUACCAGCUGCUGCGCGGCCGGCGCGUGCGCUACGUGCCCGGCUGGGACUGCCACGGGCUGCCCAUCGAGCACAAGGCGCUGACGCUGCUGCAGCUCGAGGCCAAGGACCUGUCGCCCGCGCAGGUGCGCGCGCUGUCCCGGCAGCUGGCCCGCAAGGCCGUGCAGGAGCAGCAAAAGGACUUCGAGCGCUGGGGCGUCCUGGCCGACUGGAGCGGCGCCGACGCCGAGAGCGUCUACCUGACCAUGGCCCCCGAGUACGAGGCCCGCCAGUACGACGUGCUCAAGAAGAUGGUGCACGACGGCCUCAUCUUCCGAGGCUUCAAGCCCGUGUACUGGUCGCCCAGCUCCCGCACGGCGCUGGCCGAGGCCGAGCUCGAGUACCAGGACGAUCACGUGUCCCAGGCCGCCUACGUCAAGUUCCGCUUCGCCUCCAUGGGUAGCAAUGCUAGUAAGGAGAUGGCCAGUGUGCUGGAGAAGUAUGGAGACAAGUUGUCGGCCGUGGUCUGGACCACCACGCCCUGGACCAUCCCGUCUAACCAGGCUCUGUGCGUCAAUGCCGAGCUGGACUACGUUGUGGUGCGGCCCCGCGGCGCCGAUUCGGACGCGUGCUAUUUGAUUGCGAGCGCGCUGCAGGAGAGCUUUGCGACGAUGCUGAAGGGAGACGCCGAGACGGACGUGGAGCUUGAAGUGCUGGAGACGCUCAAGGGUGCCGAUCUGGAAGGCGCGCACUUCACGCACCCGCUCGUGAACCGCGACGCGGUGGUGCUGGUGGGCGAGCACGUGACGACGGACGCUGGUACAGGUGUGGUGCACACGGCUCCGGGACACGGUCAGGACGAUUACUUCGCCUGGAUGGCUCACCACUCGAAACCGGGUGAGCACCCGGACAUUUUGUGCCCUGUCGACGCUGACGGCUGCUUCACUGCCGAGGCGGGACAAGGACUCCAGGGUUUGAGUGUAGUGGGAGAAGGCAACACGGCGGUCAUCGAUCUGCUCAAGAGCUCUGGCAACCUGCUGUCAAUCAACGAAUACCAUCACCGAUACCCGUACGAUUGGCGCACGAAGCAGCCUGUGAUCCUUCGUGCUACGGCUCAGUGGUUCGCGCGACUGGAUGCGCUUCACGCGCGCGGCAAGCGCGUGCUUGAAGACUCGGUGCAAAUGGUGCCACCGAGUGCUCGUCGUCGUCUGGAGGCUACGCUGUCAAGCCGUCACGAAUGGUGUAUCUCCCGUCAGCGCGCGUGGGGCUUGCCUAUCCCGGUGUUCUACCACAAGGUCACGGGCGAGCCGUUGAUUACAGAAGAGAGCAUCGAGCACCUCCAGAACAUUGUCAAGUCGUACCGCGUUGAAGGUGAAGACGGCGAGGUCGAGCGUGAAGGAGCUGAUUGCUGGUGGGAUUUGUCAGUCCGUGAGUUGCUGCCCGAGUCGCUUCAGGACCAAGCCGACCAGUACGAGAAGGGCACCGAUACGCUCGACGUGUGGUUCGACAGUGGCAGCAGCUGGCACGCGGUGCUGCCGAACCUGCUUGAGCCAAACGAGGAGGGACAGAUUCGCGCCGACGUGUACCUGGAAGGUUCGGACCAGCACCGCGGGUGGUUCCAGUCGUCGCUUCUUACGUCUUUGGCCAUGCAGGGCACGGCGCCGUACAAGAACGUCAUCACUCACGGCUUCACGCUGGAUGAGCGCGGCAGUAAGAUGUCCAAGUCGCUGGGCAACACCAUCGUGCCGAACGACUUCAUUAACGGAUGCACGAUGCCUGUGCCCGUCGCCGAUAAGGGCUCAAAUGCCAACAAGAAGAAGAAGGCCAAGAAGAACAGUGACAUGCCUCAAAAGUCUCCCAAGGUCAAGCAGAUGAAGGUGCCGGCGUACGGCGUGGACGUACUUCGCUUCUGGGUGGCGACGACCGACUACACUGGCGACGUCAGCAUCGGCCCUGGCGUCGUCGGCAAGGCGAGCGACGCGCUUCGCAAGGUCCGCAACACGGCCCGCUUCUUGCUCGGCAACCUACAGGACUUCGAUCCGGCGCAGCACGCCGUCCCGCACGACAAGAUGCAGUUCUCGCUGGACCGCUACAUGCUGCACGAGCUGAACUCGCUGGCCGAGUCGGUGACGGCUGCGUACGACGCGUUCGCGUUUAACCGCGCGCAGCACGCGCUGUCGCACUUCAUUUCGACCGACCUGUCGGCGUUCUACAUGGAGGCGACUAAGGACCGGCUGUACUGCGAUGCGGCGGACUCGCAGACUCGCCGCUCUGCGCAGACGGUGUUGUGGCUGUCGCUACAGGCGUUGACUCGCGCUCUUGCACCUGUGGUGCCUCAUACGGCUGAAGAUAUUCGCCUUCACUGGGUAUCGCAGCUACAAGGCGAAAUUCCACUUGAGGAGGUUCCUGGUAGUGUCUUCCUCGAGGAAGGCUGGAUGCCCAGCGCCGAGCAGUGGAAGAACGACGAGCUGGCCCGCGACUGGACUGCGAUCCGCCAGCUGCGCUUCGAGGUGAACCGCGUCGUGGAGCAGAUGCGUCAGGCAGGCCGCGUCGGCAGCCAGCUCGAGUGCAACGUGUACGUCGUGGCCUCCGAGUCCGAUCCGCGCGUUGCCGACUUUUUGGCUCCGCUGGCCAACAGCUCGUCGGAGCUCGAGGACGUGCUGUUGUGUUCCAGCGUGGAGGUGGUGGCGUCCGAGACGGAGAUCGAGAGCGCGGAGCAGUUCAAGGCCAGUUGCCAGCUGGCCAUGGGCCCCAACGAUGCGCCGAUGGAAGUCAAGCUGGUGCUGACGCCAGCCAAGGGCCACAAGUGUCCGCGCUGCUGGAAGUACGCGCCCGAGGUGGAUGCGGCCGAGACGCAGCUGUGUCUGCGCUGCGCCCAGGCCACGGACCUGCGCAGCGUCUCGGAUCUGGCCAAGUCGCUGAUCGAGGAGGACGCAUAA